AUGCAUAGAACGAUAAGAAAAUCUAGCGAGGCCCCUGAGGUGGUCGAUACGGAAUGCGAAGGAGGUAUUUGGGGAUAUGGAGAACGAUUGAAAAGAAAGAGACCUGGGGCAGGAACAUUGUCGCAGAAACAAUUGGAUCCAUUCGAUACAGAAUCUAGUAAAUAUCCAUCUCCAAUUCUUCCGACCCCGCGGAGAGAUACUACGCCUAGUCUUCCAGAUUUGCCAAUCGAGAGACGAAGGAUGAGUUUUGGAUUGAUCACCACUAUCUGUCUGGUUUCACUCGCCUUUAUUAUUGGCGGAGGAGUUGGUGGAGGUGUUGGAGGGGCUUUGGUUGCGAAGGAGAGAUCAAAGACUUGGUAGGUUCUCUUCUCAUCUACACAAUCUAACUUCAAUCUUCUGUUGAAUGAAAGCUGACCUAGUAUCUCAUAGCUCCGUACAACCAAGCAAUACAAACACCGCAUCACCUUCAACCCAAACAACUCUCGCAUUCGAUACAGCAGGAUGUCCAGGCAUCAACCAAGACAGAUACAAUUCCACGACACCAGGAAAACACUUCCUACAGUCCUGCUAUAUGGAUAUCGUCCCACAGCCAGGAGAGAACAUCUCAAUGGGAAACAAAUCGGUCGCAAGUUUCAACGAUUGUUUAAAUUCAUGUGCACAACUAGAUGGGUGUCUAGCGGCAACAUGGAUUAUGUUUUCAUUCUCGGCUCCGCGGAAUAACGCCGUAUGUUUCUUCAAAAAUACCGUUGGCACACCGUCACAGCAAGUGGCAGGGGAUUCUCUAGUCACCGGAUUCUUGAUCACGCAAGGAUAA